AUGUCGCAAUGGUCAUGUUUCAGCUCCAAAAAACUUCUCCUUACAGCUGACCGAGCAAACCUUGGCAUCCCCAAGUUGGUCAUAUCGAGAAUCGAACAUCGAUUUAACAAUACUGCAUUUGAGGCUCGUGAGCCAGGCAAACUCUUUUCGACGUGUUGGAUCGAAUGGACUUCCUCCUCCUCCCCCUCCUCCUCUGAAGAUGAUGAUCAUCCACUGAAGGAGAACAACAACAACAAGGCUUCCGAUCCAUCUUCGUCCUUCUCUAACAACAAUAAUCGACGAUUGAUCUCGGAAGAACAUAUCGACUCGCUUCACCGAUCCAUCAUCCAUCACACUUUCAUGAGCUUCAUCAACCCAACGGCCCAUCCUGAUCAUCCUCGUGAUACUGGUGUAUGUGGGGUUGCCAAUGACGUCGAUCAUCCACUCAGCGAUCCGCUCUUGCAGAUGAUCAACUCCAUCCAACAUUCUCAUCCUUCGUUGACUCGAUUCUUUGCCCCUCUUUUCUCGUCUCCUUGA